AUGGAAUCCGACGACGGCAGCCCCCUCCUGUACGAGGAAUGGAACGGUAGGUCGCAACAGGGGCUCACAGCACUCCCAGGCGAUUGCAAGCUGUGGCAGCACGCCCUGUGCGGCAGCGCUGCAGGCGUUAUGGAGCACCUGCUGCUUUUCCCGAUCGACACCCUGAAAACGCGGCUGCAGUGUGGCUGGUGCAAGCCGCGCUGGGCAGCGCGAGUGGAGACGCCGACGGCAGCGCUGGAGAGUAAGCGCAACGUAUGCAGCAUGUCUACCACGAAGUCGCGGUUCUACCAGAAUCUGUUUCGCGGCUGCAGCGCCAUGGCCGUCGGGUGCAUCCCUGCCCAUGUCUUCUACUUCACCAUGUACGAGGCGUUGAAGAAGUCGGGCAACGCGCCAAUCGCCGGCGCGUGCGCCACGCUGUGCCACGACGUGGUGCUCACGCCGGCCGACGUCAUCAAGCAGCGGCUGCAGCUGGGGCUGUACCGCGGCUCGUGGCACUGCCUAAAGCACGUGGUAACGCACGAGGGGAUCCAGUCGCUCUUCCGAAGUCUCUCGGUCACGCUGUUCAUGAACGUGCCGUACCACACCAUCCUCGUCAGCGUCAACGAUUUCCUGCUGCGCACGCACCCAGGAGGCAGGGACAGGUGCGGCAUCGCCACAUACUUCCUAUACGCAGGAGAACGCCCUGUGUCGUGCGUCCAAAUCACAACAAAACAUACGCGUGUAUGUGAUGGUGCGCGUUUGCGUUUGUCGUGUAUCGGCGGAGCCGUGGCAGGGGCACUCACUAACCCCCUCGACGUGAUAAAGACGCGACUGCAGACCCAGGGGUGCUACCUAGAGGCCGAAGCGGCGAGUAAAACGCGGUAUAAGGUGGGUGAAGCGUAUUUGGCACAUGUCACCUGGGGACAGAACCCAAUCGACACGGCCAGGGCCAUCUACCGGCAGCACGGCUUCCGCGUAUUUUGGAGGGGCACCGGAACACGAAUGAUGUUAUGCGUACCCGCUGCAGCCAUCUCAUGGGGCACGUACGCAACGCUGAAAAACAUUUUCAGUAGACUCAAUAAUGGAUAG